AUGACAUCUGAACUCGUAACGAGGUCGGCUGUUCUGCUGCCUGACGGCAAGAAAAUGAAAGAUGUCUACGCUGUCUUGCGCCAGAGUUCCAGAGUGCACAUACAACUCUUACUCACACUCUCAAUUCCAGGCAAGCCAUGUGGUUCAGCUCGUCUCCUUUCAACUAUGCUUUACAUGAGGUAUGCGCUCACGUCCUAAUUUCUCUCCAUCAGUCCACCCCUAUCUGUUUUUAUCUUCUCCGGUCCUAGCUCCCAUUUCGCCCGUGAUUUACCCGCUUUUUCCACUCCUUCCAAUCAUCUUCUCUUCCUCUUCCUCCUUAUUCAUUUCCUCGUCUCAUCCUCAUAUUUUUCAUUCAUUGUCCCCUUCUCUUCCAAUCCCCUCCUUCGCUUCGCCCCACAAUCCCUCCUGCUUUACUCCUUUUCCUCCCAGCUCCAAUCUGUUCAUGGUCAGGUGAACAGAAGAGCAGACUUAUGUUGUCUGAUGUCUACUUUGCAAUACUUUUCUGUCUUUUACUGGAAUCGUGACAGGCCCAACUGCCUGGUGGUUUUUGCUUACACUACCUCGAUAUCUGCUUCUGCAGUCCGUGCCGAUGUUUUGUCUCACGGCAAUCGGUUCGGCAUUUGGCCCAGGUCCGAGUGUGUCAGAGAGACGACGGAAGCAGCGUCGCCAAGCAGGAGUCUAAUUGCCUUUUUGCGCAUAAAACAAACACCUCUGAGGCUCGACUCCGGCUUGCGUAAGUGCUUGCGCAAGGCACAGUGGCACAGUGGCACAGUCAGUUGUUGGAUGUAA